CCACUAUCUCUAUCUCAAUCUCCAACAGCUAGCUUCUAUAUAUCAUCAUAAGCACACCACUUACAUUACAAGUUCUAGCUAACUUAGUGUUUCUCUUUCUCUUUCUCUUGUCAUAUAUAACUAUCAGAGAGAUCGAUGAUCAGAAAUAAUGGAGAGGAGAAUGGAGAACGAUGAAAUAUCAACUCGGCCUUCUUUAGCUUUUCCUCUGGGUUUGGCUCUUGUUCUUCUCAUGCUAUUGAGCAUCUGUGCCUUCUUCUUGUGCUGUAUCUACUGGGACAGACUUCGAUCUCUCUUCGUAUCCUCUCUAGAUCAAGAACACGACCUAGAAGCCGAGUCAGAUCAGAAACCUGCACGUCCGAAAACGAUGGAAAAUCAAGAUCACUUGCAGAGCUUGCCGGUAUUGAUGCCUGGAGAUCAAGUUCCAAAGUUCAUAGCAAUUGCAUGUCCCUGUGAACUUCCGGCGGUGGAGAAGAAGAUUACGGUGAUAGUAGACAAGCCUACUCGCGAUCGUUUGUGUGAUGCUAGUACUGUAUAUAGCUAGCUAGUUACUUCUUUUAGUCCUUUUCUUUUUCUUUUUGCAGACUGACAAGUAUAUGAUUUUGUAUAUUAUUAUUUGUAAAGAGAUUCAUCUAAUUGUGAGAGAUGGCAUGCAUGGUAACAGAAAUUAGACAGACGUAUAUAUAUAUAUCAGGCGAUUAUUAGACU